AUGGAUGUUGAUUCGGAACCACUCAAUUCACAAGAGAACGUUGAAGAUUGCUUGAUGACUGGUGUGGAAGAGAAUGUAGAUUGCACUUGUGAUUGCGGUGGCAGCAGUAGCAAGUGUGUUGUUGUGACGGCCGAUGAUAUUAUAAACCAGACAUUUAAAACAUCGGAUGCAGCUUAUAACUUGUAUGUGCGUUAUGCAAGGUGUGUCGGGUUCAGAGUUCGCAAGGGUGAUACAGCAUGUGGAAAAGAUGGAACACAACGCAGAAGGCGAUUUUUUUGCAACAAGGAAGGAAAAAGAGCCAAUAAAUACAUCUCUAAUUUGAACAGGAAGAGGGAGCAUAAAGCGCUGACUCGUACGGGUUGUGAAGCCAUGCUUGCGGUGUACUUUGACACCAAAACUUCAGCUUGGAGAGUUAAAAAAUUAGUUGAGAAGCACAACCACGAUCUUGUCCCCCAAUGCUUGGUACACCUAAUUCCAAACCACCGUGGGAUGAAUGAGGCUCAAAAAGCUCAGGCAAACACCAUGCACGAUAAUGGUCUUUCAAGCUCUAAGAUAAUGGGACUAAUGGUAGGCCAAGCCGGGGGUUAUGCUAAUGUCGGGUUCACAAAGAAGGAUCUGGAUAACCACAUUGAAAGAACUCGUCGUGCAAAGCUCAUUGGUGGGGAUUCUAAUGCAACCAUUAGCUAUCUACUUGGAAAAGCCGAUGUUGACCCCAUGGCCAUGGCAAGGUACAGUGCUAUUGAUGAAAGUCGGCUGGCGAAUCUAUUUUGGGCAGAUGGCAUUUGUAGGGCAGAUUAUCAGUGCUUUGGAGAUGUGCUUGCAUUUGAUACAACCUAUCAGAAAAAUAAGUACAGAAGACCGUUGGUUAUCUUCUCGGGUUGUAACCAUCACCGUCAAACAUGCAUAUUUGGCUUUGCCUUGAUAGAGAACGAACAAACGGCAACAUAUACGUGGUUGUUGCAAAACUUUCUAGAUGUCAUGCUGAACAAGACUCCUAGUGUUGUGGUCACAGAUGGUGAUGAGGCAAUGAAGGCAGCAAUUCAAGAAAUCUUCCCAAAUGCAACUCACCGAUUAUGUGGUUGGCACAUUCAGAGAAAUGUAACGGCAAACAUAAAAAGCAAAGAUUUUUCCGAUGACUUCAGAAGAUGUUUAACAACAUCAAGGUGUGAAGGGAUAAACAACUUCAUCAAGAGGUUUAUUGGCAUUCGUCAAAGUCUUUUAGAGCUAGUCCAGAAUCUUGAAUAUGCUCUUAGGGAUUAUAGACACAACGAAUUAGUUUCUCAAUUUAAGACGGUGUACGGAGAGCCUGUGUUAACAACUCGCUUAGCUGCAUUGGAGCUUUGUGCUGCAAAUUUUUACACACGGGAGAUGUUUGGCAAAGUAAAAACAGAGAUUGAAGGAUUGGUUGCAUUAGAUGUUAUAAAUGAGGAAAAUAUAUCAACUACUGUUAUUUUAAAAGUUAAGGAGUAUGACAGAGGGCAACAUAUAUACACCGUACUUUAUGAGCGCAACACCGAGAAUAUGGAGUGUGAAUGUAGUAGGUGGAGUAGUGAAGGCAUUCCCUGUAGCCACAUGUUUUGUGCCAUGAAAAGGGUAGGUUUACAGAAGUUGCUAGAAAGUCUUCUUUUGAGAAGAUGGUCCAAGGAUGCUAAAAAGUAUCUGGAUGAAAGUUCAGUUGGAAGCACUGUGCAAGAUGGAGAAAGAGAUUUUUUAAUGCGCUAUGGUGCAUUGUCAGUGGCAGCUACGUGGAUGGUAUUCUUAGGAGCUCAAGAUGGUCCUUCUUUCCAUGACACUAUGAAUGAAGUCUCUCGUUUGACCAAAACACUAGAGCAAAAGUCGUGCUUGAAAAGAGGAACAAGAGAUUCUUCCAUGUCGAACUUUGUUGGUGACCCUUCAGUUGUCAAGACAAAAGGUGCACCAAAGGGAAAAAAAGAGAGAGAAAAACGGAGGUGCACUAAAUGCAACAAUACUGGUCAUGUAAAGAAGAAUUGUCUUGUGAAGAAUGAGGGUGACAAUUUGGAUGAUAAGAUUGGUGGUGGCACACAGGCUAGCUUUGGUGCAGAAGAGUUAUACUUGAUAGCAAGUUUGACUUUAUGCCUUCUUUUGUCACAAGAGCUUCCCAAAGACCCUAUGGCUUCUCAAGGGACGCAAGCUAGCUUCGGUACAGAAGAUGUUAGUAAGAUACAAUAUUACACUAGUGGUUACACGAAUUAA